AUGGUAGAAAAGACAUGGGUUCAUCUUAACAGAGCUGAUCCUCGGUAUGAGAGAGGUGCUUGGAAUUUUGUGAGGUCUGUGACUGCAGGUUUAGGAGAGAAUGCAAUGAUCAUUUGCCCGUGCAUUGACUGUCGCAACGUAGAUCGUCACUCAGCCGGGACUGAGUGUAGAAAGAACGCAAGUCAGUGGAACCAGGAGAAUUUAGGGUUAUUCAAAGCUGCUGAAUUUAUAGAUGAAGAGCUGGUUAGUCAGGUUGAUUUAAGUGAGGUUGCUGAGGGUGAUGAAAAAGAAGCGGAUGAGUUUCUAGCGAAGCUAGCUGAUGCAGAAACACCAUUAUAUCCGGGAUGUGCAAACCACAGCAAGCUCUCGGCGAUUGUUUUACUUUUUAGGCUAAACACACAGAGUGGUUGGUCUGAUAGAAGCUUCGAUCUUCUGCUUGAGACUUUGUCACAGAUGCUACCCAAGGAUAAUGAAUUGCUCACUUCCUUGUACGAGGUGAAGAAGUUUCUGAAAUCUUUUGAUAUGGGUUAUGAUAAGAUAGACGCUUGUGUAAACGAUUGCUGUUUAUUUAGACAUCAAUUGCAGGAGCUGGACAAUUGUCCUAAAUGCAAAUUUUCACGUUGGAAGAUUAACACAAGAAAUGGUGAGCUGAAAAAAGGUAUUCCACAGAAAGUACUUAGGUACUUUCCGAUCAUUCCACGUCUCAAGAGAAUGUUCAGGUCAGAGGAAAUGGCCAAAGACUUACGAUGGAAUUUCACUAAUCAGAGCACCGAUGGAAAAAUGCGUCAUCCUGUGGAUUCUGUGACGUGGGAUCAAAUGAAUGAGAAGUACCCGUCAUUUGCUGCAGAAGAAAGGAAUAUUAGGCUUGGACUCUCCACAGAUGGGUUUAAUCCUUUCAACAUGAAGAAUGUUAACUAUAGUGCAUGGCUUGUUCUGCUAGUGAACAUAAUGUUGACAUUGUUGAUACAUGGUCCCACUCAACCUGGAAACAAUAUAGAUUUGUAUUUAGAACCCAUGAUAGAGGAUCUCAACCAUCUGUGGGAGAAGGGAGAGUUAACGUAUGAUGCAUUCAGUCACACCACAUUCACGUUAAGGGCAAUGCUUCUCUGGACCAUACAGGAUUUUCCGGCAUAUGGAAAUCUAGCACGCUGUAAAGUAAAAGGUCAAAUGGGUUGUCCUGUCUGCGGGAAACACACAGAUAGUUUGUGGUUGAGUAAUUGCAGAAAGCACGUAUACAUGUCUCAUCGGAAGUCUCUGCCAUCCAGUCAUGUUUAUAGAGGAAAGAAAGCACGGUUUGAUGGUAAAUCUGAGCAUGGAAGAAGAAGUAGGAUUCUGACUGGUCAUAACAUAUAUCAAAUACUCAAAAACUACAAGAAUGAUUUUGGAAAUGUAAGAGUAACUGGAAGAAAGAGGAAGAUGAAAUAUUGUGUUGACUCUGCUUCUGAUACUGAUGAUGAAUCAGAAGAAGAAGAAGAGGUAGAUGAAGAGGAGCUAUACAGAUGGAAGAAGCGCUCAAUCUUAUUUAAAUUACCUUAUUGGAAGGAAAUGCCGGUCAGACAUAAUUUAGACGUGAUGCACGUGGAGAGAAAUGUUGCGGCUAGUCUGGUUGCUACACUAUUGCAUUGUGGGAAAUCAAAGGAUGGUGUUAAUGCUUGA